CAGUGCUGGCUAAUCAUCAAAGAUUGUUGUUGUUAUCGGUCAAGGGUUUAUUUAGCCAAGAGAUGUCCUUUGCUAGCAAACUACUUCAAACUUCUCGUCUGUGGAGUGGCCUCAGUGCCGCACGUGGCUUUCACGUCCUAAUGCGUCCCACGGUCAACACAACCGGAACGAUGUACAACAGAAACCAAAUACAACUGGUGGCCAACACAAGUCCUGUUGCAACCACAGGACUGCUGACACCGGCCUCGACGCUGCUGCAGCAGGUUGCCGGGUUUAAAGUGAAGGGACGCCUAAAGAGACGCUGCAAGGAUUGUUACAUUGUGGUGCGCCAGGAACGCGGUUAUGUCAUCUGCCCCACGCAUCCGCGCCACAAGCAAAUGUCAAUGAAGAAACGCGACUACAAGUCGUGGAUACUGACACAUGCCACACAGUCCAAGGAACGGGGCUUCUAGUCCUUCUGCAAUUAUACACUAUUACAACUAGCUUUUUCUUCAAAUUUAAAUAAAAACAUCAAAUUUUAACCAUCGUGGAAA